AUGAUGAACCCCUAUCAUUACCUACCCACAACACUUCUCCUCACAACCAAGUUAUUAAUCCAACUAGCACUCAAAUUCACCACCCCAUCAUCAAAAGCAAACCAAUCUCACACACAACAACUGGAAAAUUCCUCGAUCACCUCUGAGAAAAAAUGCACACCGGAGCUACGGAGAACCAAGCAGGAAAAAUCUGGGCAACGAUGCGCGCUACCAACAACCACCCUUCCGAAUUCACCAUCUUCCCUGUACAACAGACACAAAAAUACACUCGGUCACUCAAACUUUCUACCUGCAAACCCCAUUCCCUCAAAUGAGCUACAACUACACCCUAAAAGGAUACUACAACCCCUACCAAUUCCCUCUAACCUACGGAAACAACCUCCAACUUCACCACCAAAAGUACUAUCAUCAAGCAACCCAAACCCCACCAACACGGCAACAGGAGGAAACACUACCACAACAAAUUUCAAGGCACUGGAAUUUCGACUUCAUGGUGCAACAAGUAACUCUACUGAUGGGGAACACGUCCACCCUAUCACACUAUGUCUCCCAAGGACUCCACUCAAACAUGAGGAUGUAGCAUGCGCACCAACUAUUGCAAGUCCACGAAAUCAUAGCACUGGAACUCAACAAUCAGAUCCUGGACAUGCAGGCAGCAGAAACCACUCAACAAGCACCGGAUCAACAUUAACGAUGGAGUACACCCUCACCACCCAACUUUUGGAGCAUAUCACCAACUAUGGCGCCCCAGCCUGCUUUACCAGAACCACAAGAGAAAGAACAGGUUGUACCGCUCUUGCCAUAAUUUCUAUUGGAGGAGCUACAACGCCUGGAAACUCCACCACUACCACCAAGGACAUCAGGCAUAGGACCAUUUCAGGCAAGCAUCCUAGAUCAACUUCUCCAGAAUAUCACAAUAAUGGAGCCUCUAACACUCACCCCGCCCCAUAA